AUGACAGAACAACAAGAAACAACUGUAGUUGCACCUAGCACUACUACUGCAACAACAAUUGAAUCAAUCCCAUCAUCAUCAUCAUCUAGUAGUGUAGUAGUAGUACCAGUUGACGAAGCAGCUUCAUCAUCAAAUAAUACAACUGAUAAAGGUAAUCAUAACAAGGAAUGUGUAAAUCAAGAUGCUAGUUGUGAACAUUAUGUAAAGAAAUAUACACCAUAUUUGGAUAUAGAAUUAAAGAAUCAAGUUGAAAUUAUAGAUCAAGAUGAUUUAUUAGAUAAUGAAGGAAAGUUGAAAAAAGGGGGAUGGGCAAGACAACCUUGUUUAAACUAUAACCCAUCAAGUUUGACUAGUUUUAGAAAAGGAUAUAGAUUAAAGGAAUGGAAUUAUUAUGGUUUCGUGACAGACAAGUUUUACUUGGCCGUUGCUGUUGCCAAUCUUGGUUACGUCAACAACUACCAAACCUUUUUCAUCGAAUUUGAUAAGCCAAAUAAUAUCAUAAAGGAUGAUGUCAUCAACACCUCUUUUGUAACAAAAGGUAUGCAAUUACCUGCCGAUAGUUCUGCACCUGGCGUUCACAUUGAUUAUACAUCCAAAAAAUUCUCACUUAAAUUUGAAGUAACAAAUAAUGGUAAUGGAAAUGAUAUUAAACAUAAUAUAAAAAUUAAAAGUAAAAAGAUGAAAUUAGAUGCAGAUAUUACAUUGGAUUUAAGUCCAAAUAGAGAGAGUAUAGUAUUGGUAACACCAAUUGGAAAAGAAAACUUUUAUUAUAAUCGAAAAGUUAAUUUAAUUCCAGUGGUAGCUGGUAGUAAACUGCAAGUUGGAGAUACAGAUUAUUUGGCAGAGAGUCCGGAUCGUCAAUAUAAUUUCACCUAUGGAUUAAUGGAUUGGGGUAGAGGAUGUUGGGACUAUAGUUCAUUUUGGUUGUGGUCAUCGGCUUGGGGUGUCACUGCUGAUGGUCGUCCAGUAGGUCUCAAUUUAGGUGCUGGGUUUGGCAAUCUAACCACCCAUACUGAAAAUUGUGUAAAUAUUGAUGGUCGUAUUCAUAAACUAGGUCAAGUAGAUAUAAAAUACAACCCAAAAGAUACUGCCAAACCAUGGUUAUUCGAAUGUAAACAUGGUCGUUUUGGUGGUAAUCCAGUUGUUUUUACUCCAUUUAUUAAAAAGGUUGAAUCUAAUAAUUUCGGUAUCAUCUCUUCAAGUUUUGAUCAAAUUAUGGGUAAUUUUAAAGGUGAUAUUAUUCUUGAUGAUGGAGAAGUCAUUUCAGUUGACCUAUAUGGAUUUUCUGAAGUUCAUUUUGCAAGAUGGUAA